AUGUCCCAGAAGAACUGCACCACAGUCUUCUUCAAUGUAACCACCAGUUACACUAAUAAAUACUUCUUCAGGAUUGAGAGUCAACCAUUCCGUGCAACAGACAAUGAAAAGUCUGUUGAUAUAUUUGUCAGGGAUUUGCCUUCCAGUCCCAACAUUACUGUCUCAGGUGAGGUGAAGGAAGGGACCCCUGUCAGUUUGAACUGCUCUGCUGUCGCUCCCUGUCCUGAACACUCCCCUGAGCUGACAUGGACUCUCCCAACACAGUUCACAACUGAGAACCAACUGCAGGAGAAUCCAGACCAAACCAAAUCAGUUCUCUCCACGGUGACCUUCACUCCAUCAUACCUUCAUCAUGAGAAGAACAUCACUUGUACUGCAGUCUACCCAGUAGGGGCAAGCAACAAGACAGCUGAACAUAACAUGAUGCUUAACGUUUCAUUCUCUCCUAAGGACACCUCGGCCUCCAUCAGUCCAGCUGAUCCAGUAUUAGUGGGCAGCUGUGUAAAUCUGACCUGCAGCAGUACAGCCAACCCUCCAGUGACAAACUUCACCUGGUUCAAGAUCAGUGGAGAUAAACCAACACAGGUAGCAUCUGGACUGAGUUACUCCCUCAAUGUGACUGUUGGUGAUGGAGGACUGUACUACUGUGAAGCAAGAAAUAGUCACGGCUGUGGGAAGUCAAAGGAAGUGCAGCUGGCUAUUAAAGGGCAAGAAAAGACUGUUACCACAAUGGUUUUUGGGAUUGCAGCAGGAACUUUGGGGGUCCUUUUGCUUAUCAGCCUGAUCAGUGUUAUUGGAUGGAGGAGAAACUCGAGGCUCCACGAUGGACUUGAAAGGACAGACUAUCCACAGGGACAGAACUCCCCGGUUGGGACAGUGUGUGCUAACCAGGCCACAGCCGGAGAGGAACCAGAGGAACCUGCAGAAGACCAGUCUGAAGAGAUCCAAUACGGUGACAUAGACUUCUCCAAACUACGACCCAAAGAGACCCCAGCUGCAGCCCAGGACAGGGUCCAGGGACAGGAGAAAUUUGCUGGGAUGAAAAGUGUUUAA